AUGUUCGGGAGCCGCUUCCCGGAUUCGCCGGCCGCGCUCGCGGACGACCUCGAGCGCCGCGGCGCGAUCGCGACCGCCGGUUGGCGCCGCGCGUUCCGCCGCGUGGACCGGGCCCUCUUCGUGCCCCAGCGCGUCCUCGCCUGCGCCUACGACGACGCGCCCCUGCGGAGCCGCGACGACGACGGGUCCUGCGUCGUCCACGUGUCCGCGCCGUCGAUCUACGCGGCCGCCGCGGAGGCGCUCGACCUCCGGCCGCGGCUCUCCUUCCUCAACGCGGGGUCCGGCAGCGGCUACUUCAGCGCCCUGGCCGCCGAGCUCCUCGGGCCCGACGCCGUGCACCACUGCGUCGAGCGGUGCCCGGCGCUCGCCGCGCGGUGCCGCCGCGUCCUGCGUUCCGAAUUCGAGGCGACGUGCGGCCGCGUCGUCGUCCACGGCGCGUCGUGCUUCGCCGUCGACGCGGCGCGGUCCAUGCGCUUCGACCGCAUCUACGUCGGCGCGGGCGCGCGGGCCCGCGACGUGCCCUUCUUCGCGGAGCUGCUGAAGCCCGGCGGCGUCCUCGUCGGGGCAGGACAAGAGUGA